CUGUCCGUCCAGUUUACCGAAGUGUGCAUUAUAAGGCAGCCCUGUGAGAGUACCGUGUCUGUUAGCCGCGUGUGCGUGUGUGUGAUACGAUGAGGGGUUUCUUCAGGGGAGUGCUGCGGGCCCAGAGGCUCUGGGUGCAGGGUGGAGGCCCAGGGUGGGGUGCUGGUUACUGUCACUGGAGGCCCAUCCACUCCUGCUCUGCACUGGUGUACCGAAGGCAUGGACCAGACCUAGACCAGCUCAGGAUGGAGCAGUGGGACUUUCAAGCGAUUGGUCCACACAGUGUAAGAUUGCAGAUGCUUGCUGCGCCCGUCAAUCCUGCAGACAUAAAUAUGAUGCAAGGAACCUACCCCAUUCUCCCAGAAUUCCCAGCGGUGGGUGGGAAUGAGGGGGUGGGUGAGGUGGUGGAAGUGGGCGAUGAGGUCACCUCGGUGCGUGUAGGUGACUGGGUCUUACCUGUGGAUGCUGGGUUUGGAACCUGGAGGACGGAGGUUGUGUGUGAGGCCACAGAGCUGUUGAGGGCCCCCAGGGAUGUGUCUCUGCUGGGGGCCGCCACCAUCGCAGUCAAUCCCUUUACGGCCUAUAGGAUGCUGCACGACUUCCAGCAACUCAGGCCUGGGGACACGGUGAUUCAGAAUGGAGCAAACAGCUCAGUCGGACAGGCAGUAAUCCAAAUUGCUGCGGCGCUAGGCCUGAGGACCAUCAACAUCGUCCGAAACAGGCCAAACUAUGAGGGCCUCUCUGCAGAUCUAAAGGCCAUGGGAGCAGACUAUGUCAUUACAGAGGAGGAGCUGCACAGGACAGGGCUGGGCCUCAUAUUACAGGAAGUGCCAAAGCCCAGGUUGGGUCUGAACUGUGUCGGGGGCCUGAGUGGAGGUCUGGUGCUGUCCCAUCUGGACUCUGGCGGGACUCUGGUGACAUAUGGUGGUAUGGCCAAGAAGCCUCUUCAGAUCCCGGCAAAAUCUCUUAUAUUCAAAAACAUCUCCCUAAAAGGAUUCUGGAUGACCCAGUGGAAAAGAAACAACCGAAAAGAUCUGCACCUGCUGCAGUCUGUGGUAGAUGCCCUCUGUGCCAUGCUAAGGAGUGGUCAGCUCACCCCUCCCAGAUGUGUCCUGGUCCCGUUCCAGCAGUACGCACAAGCCAUACAGGCCACUGUGCAGCCUCACCAACCCAAACAAGUGCUGCUCAUGCAGUGAAGAUGCACACACACACUCCGAGUCUCUCUCUAAACACACACACACACACACACUCCCAC